AUGCUAGAUCAUCUCACCAUCAUCACGGCAUUGUAUUUGAUUGGUGAGGCUGGAUCUGGAUGUACAAUGUUCGGGAAUCUACUUUCGAAUGCUCCGGUUUUUCCAAAGUCAACUGAUCAUAUUAAUGAAACUAUUAAAAACGCAAAAAGCUGGAUUAAAUUUGGUGAUUUAAGUAUAGUCGUAUAUGAUUCAACUGGCUACAAUGAAUCAUAUAGCAAUGCAAAGUUCCACAUAGAAAAAAUUUCCGAAUCAAUAGAAUCAGAGUAUGUUGGAGUUAGUGCAAUAGGUCUUGUAAUUCCUCUUCAUACUGAGAGGCUUUCGAAUAUUUACAAAGAGUAUCUAAAUGCUUUUUAUGAAAUAUUUGAAACAGAUGAAAUUUUUUAUAACAUAGCAAUUAUUUUUACUCAUUGCCCUUUUACAGAUUAUGAUAGAUUUGGAAAAACAGAUAUAUUCAAGAACAGCGUCGAAAAUUACAUCACAGAGAUUACAGGAAAAAGACGAUGGCAUAAUAUUAAAACUUUCUUUGUUGACAACAUGGAGCCGGACAGACCAGAUGUACAAUUUCAACUCUCACAAUUCAAGGAUUGGACUAGAAAUCGCCUUACAUUCAUUCCAAAGGGUUCAUUUCAAAAUAAAACGGCGAUAGGACGUUGGUCAAUCAUUGAUGAGUAUAGAAAAGAAGGUGAAGAUUUUUCUGAAAAGUUUUAUGCUCCUGUAAUUAAAUAUAGUGAUAAAUAUAUGAGGAGCGCAUUUCGUUGGGAACCAGCCUACGGCAAUGAUUCCAUAUAUUUUCCAUUUACAUAUCAUGACUACUCAAGAGAAUUCAAGAAUUUUAUUCGUGAAUAUGAUCAAGAUCCUUUGUUGUUUAUUGGGGGCAAAGAAAAUGCUAUGUUUAUAUUUGGGGAAACGGAGAAUUUUAGACCCAUUUCUUUGGUAAAAAACAUUAGAUUCAGACAAUGGAUAUAUACGAAAAAAUAUGAAAAUGCAGAAAAAAUAUUCUUUAAGAAACUUCAACGUGAGGGGAAAAUAUAG